UUCCUCCUAGGAAGUACAUGGUGAUCGGCUCUCCGGAGCAGCGUCAGAAGUAUAAAACCGAUUUCAACGCCGAGUACAGCGAGUACCGGGGUCUGCACGCUCGGAUAGAAGGCAUCACCAGGCAGUUCACGGUGCUCGACAACGAGCUCAAACAACUCAACCAAGGCACAGACAAGUACAAGACAAUCCAUAAUCAGAUACUUCAAGAGUAUCAUAAAAUAAAAAAGACUAAUCCAAACUAUAGCCAAGAGAAGAACCGCUGUGAAUAUCUACACAACAAACUGGCACAUAUAAAGAGACUUAUUGCCGAGUACGAUCAACAGCAGCUUUAGAAGUAGUUAUUGCACAGUGUUUACCUGUUGUCUCUGGAAACCACGCAGAUAAAGGAAAACUCUGGACUCCGUCUGUGCUAAAAAAAGUGUUCUCAUGAAAGAUGCCAUGAAAGGAGUAUUCCCCUCAUUGGGGCCAAAGGCUCUAAUGAGGAAUAAGCAGGACACACAAUCUUUUUCUCUCUUUAAUUUUAUUAUUUUUGUUUAUUUUUUGGAAGAUGGGGUUGUGCCUAGUGUGGCCAGGUCCGUCUGUGUAGUUACAAUGCAUUCAGAAAAAAAAGUUCUGUGUGGCUUUUGUUUUUCUCAACAGCCCACCUUGAGGUCUGAACGAGACAAACGUGGAAACGUUCCCACUUUCUCGGGAGAAAAUCCCCCAAAAUCUUUCCUGCUUUUGAAGGUGGGCGGGGGGGGGCAGGAUGUAUGCCAAAUGCGACUAAUUUGUUUUUGAGUAAUGAAAGGAUAACUCAGUUUCCCCCAUAUCGAAUGGUUAUGACGUUGGAGUCUCCGUUUUUGUUUUAUUUUUAUUUAUUUUUGACACUUAAAUGGGGGGGGAACGAAUUUUACACUCCUUCAUAUCAGUACUUAAAAGCUGUCUCUUCUUUUCUGUCCUCACAUCUUGAAUGUCCGCCAGUAUUUUAUUCAGAAGCUGCCUUGCUCAUCUAAUUGUCAAAUCUGUUGGCGUUUAAUAUAUGAUUUCUCUUUUAAAGAGAUGCAGAUAUACCUUGUUGAUUAAAUCAAGCAUCCAAAUGCACACAGUCGGACGCCUGUUUGUGCGCUCGGCUUUUCUUUUCUAAAAUAUUGUGCAGAUGUCUUAACAGAGGGGACGUGUGAGAAAGUGUCCCGUCACUCUUUAGCGGUUUCCUUCUCCGCACACUGUCCUCCUCACUCAGUCGUUACAAGCUGCAGUGCUUGUUCAUCGGUUACUACAGCGGUCUUUAGUAAUGGUUCAUAACAAUGCAUCAAUGGAAAUCUAUAAUCAGCUCUUAAUUGGUUGUCUUUCCACUUUAGGUCAUGAUGGCUUUUGUAGCAAUAUGAAUUAUCCGAAGAGUUUAUCGCCAGGCCUACUCUUCAUCAUGCUUCAGAAGAUCCUCGAAUUGUAAGAUGAUGCAGACAGGGGAGGCUUUUUUCUUUUCCUCUUUAAAAAGUGGUUUAUAUCCACAGAUUUGAUUUAUUUCCUAAGUUAGCAUUAUUGUCCCCUUUAGUUAUGUUGAAAUGGUGUUUACAGUUUCUUUAAAAAGAUCAUAAUUUUAGUUUUGUCUGCUCAUCGGCCCAUGUGAUAGUCCAUCGAGACGACUGUUAAGAUGAAGCCAUCCUCAAUCAUCCUCCGGGGGGUGGGGCGUACGCUCACCUGCGACCAGUUUUUGCCUUUUUCAAAUGUGAUGUCAGAUUUUCACGGACCUGAAAUCUAUUUCCUGGAUAAGCUCUAAGAAAUGCCGCGUCGAGACGUAUCCACUCGGCGUUUCCGAAAGAAAAAUUAGACCUGCUGUAUCAGAACUUCCCCUGAUGAGUCGAGUUUGGUCAGCGAGUGCAUUUCUGAUAUCGAUCUUUUUAUGUGAAUAUGAAAAAUCUGCACUUUUCUCCUGAUCUUGCUGUUACCUGGGGGUUUUGUCCAAAUGACACUUUUCUCUUUGUCCAUCAGAGUGCAUGCUUUAUGAAUGUGUUACAAUGAACAAGUCUUUGUAUCUUUACUUGAAGAAGAAAAAAAUAACUGCCCAAGGAUAUCAAAAGCCAAGCAAAGGCCUAGCCCAACUGAAUUCAGUUUGUAAUCAAUUCGACGUGGCUCUGACCAGCAUGUAUACCAAAGUGCUUACCGGGUGGGAUGAAACAAAAACGCUCUACCAAAUGUUGGCAAAGGAAACAUGUCGCAGUAUUCUCAACUUCCUGUUAUCAUUUCAAUGUUCAUCAUUUAUCACCCAGUGGACUUUUUCCUCAGUGUUUUUCUUGUGAGAAGUCAGAGGAGGCUCCUUUGCUUCUCAUGAGAUUUGCAUGACUGUACGGCAGGUUUCAGAUUAUAUCGCUCUCCUUUUGCAAACACUACAUUUAGGCCAAUGCUCCGAGACUCAUCACAACGAUGCUGCUGAGUCUGGAUCUGGGACUUAGUGUAUCUGGAAAGGUGUUAAGUUUGUAAAGGGGAAUGUCUUGUUACCAGAUGUAUCAUUGCCCAGUAUGGCAGUACAGACACUUUCCACCUCUCUUACUGUAUCUUUUCUUCUGUUACGGUCAAAAUCCAUUGUGAAUUAGUUCAUCAGUAAAAAAACGUUUUGCACCACAGCAAACUGUUUAAGAGUAACGAUAUGCCAGCACAGGAGUACCGUUGUAUGAGUUGAUUGUGCCAAAAUGACCUGUUGUAUAGGUUUUUUCCUUUUCUUUUUCUUUGAGUAUAUACAUGCUGCUGUAUAAGCAACGAGGGCUUUGGAGAAGAGUCGUGAAAUGUUGGCGCUAAAACCCAAAGCACGCCUUUUUUGAAAAACCAUAAGGGACUGGGACUGAAAUUGAUCUUUGUUUCAAUAAAAAUUCUUUAAAAUC